AUGUUAUCGGGUCAGGUGCGGGUCGGCAUUUUAGCAGUCGGAUCGGGUUCGGGUUCAGAUGUUAUCGGAAAAAUAAAUUCACGUUUACCACCAAUACAAACAAUUAAUGAAGUCACAUCUACCACAGACAAUGAUAAAAAUAGAAUUAUAAAAGCUUUAGCAAAUGAACGAAACCCAUUUUCGUCAGGUAUUGGGAACAUGUCUCCACCAUCCGAAAUGCUUUUACUCGACACAUAUCCUCCACGAAACUGGAAUGUCCCAUAUUCAAAUGGAUCAAAACAGGGAUUUAAUAGACAAAUUGAACCCAAUAGUCAGGGAUUAUAUGCUCAUAUAGAUCUUCCAUUUUUGUGCAAUAAUCCAGAAAUUGAUUUUUCUGAAUUGGAAAUUUUUCCAUCACCACUCAGUGAUCGACUGCCAUCUUCACAUCGUUUCUAUCGUCCAAAUGUAACAAGUGCUUGUAGUCGACGUUCGUCAAUUUUAUUUCAACGCAUUGAUCAUUCGAAUGAACCAAAACUUCAACGUGAAGACACAUUUGAUACUGUUUGUGAAAGUGUCUUAGAAAGUGUGCCACCAUUAUCACACAGACGGUCAUCAUCUUAUACUGUAUUACCUCCAAUAACAGAUGAAUUUCCAUCGUUAAGUUCUCAUCCUUCUAGUCUAUUAUUACAAUCAUUUAAUGAUAAUGAAGUAGAAUCUAAUCGUUUAAGAAAAAGCCCCCGUAUUUUGAAAUCAUCAGAUUCUGAAUCAAAGCAAAAUAUCUCUAGUAUUUCUCCACCAUUAGUAACCAUUAACUCAUCACAGAAUAAAAAAGACGAAUUUGUUAGACGAAUUUUAUCUCGAAGUCUCAGUAGAGAGCCAAGUUUGUUAACGAGAGAGAAUGAUAUGAUUGAGCCAACGACAAAUACAGAACCAGCCUAUAAAGAAGACUCUGUCACACCCCAAAUCCAAAUAAAAAGCGCGAAAUCAACAAAACCUGUUAUUAAUAAACCUUCAUCGACGUCAAAAGGGAUGGCACAAGUUAAAAGUACUCGUUCAUCAGAAUUAAAACUAUUAACGGCAUCUAAACCAGUUGUCACACCCGUGACACAGAUAACAAAAUCAAAAGCUCCCUUCAAAAUUCCAAAACCUAUCGAUCGUUUAAAACCAGAAAUACGUGAUCGCGUAUUGAAUCCUGAAAUAUCAGCUCAUCUUGAAACUGAAACUCGAAGUAGACGUAAUUCAUCAUGUCCAGUAUUAGCUAAAAGUGUUGAUGUCGUGUUACCAUCUCAAGAAAAAUUAAAUGAUGGAAUACUCGUCGUUGCUCAGUCUACACCAAAUGAAAAAAAUUUAUCACCAUUGACAAAAGUACGUAGAACAACUUCCCAACGUACACCAACUACCACUACCCGUAAUGGAAAAUUUAUACUUGAUGUUUUUCAACCGCAAUCAAAAACGAAAACAACAAUAGAUCCAUUAGUUGUUCAAAAAUCUGUCUUCCAGAAAUCAAAAAAUGUCACUAAUUGCACACCACAAGAAACUCAACAGAAUAAGAUAAUACAAACAACAAUAGAAAAGAAUAGUUCCGAAAAUGUCGAAAAUACAUCACAAGUAAUAACAACAGAAUCCACUACUUCUUCUGUACCACCAACACCACUUCUACCUUUGGUUAAAUCGGAUGCUGGAAUGACCCUACCAGUUGAAGCUCCUCCUGAACAGAAUACAGUUCAUACUCAUUCAAUAAUUGAUAUGAUUCCUAUUGACACUAUAAACGUUGACGAUCUUGAUCGUUCUUCUGCGAAGGAAACGGAGUCAAAACCGGCUCCUAAAACCCACCAACAAGCUUUUCAAUCAGGUCGAAUUUAUCCACGAAAAACUGGACCAGUUCCUAAACCUUUAACACUUCAAGGAGAAAAAAAUGUUGAUCCAGAUUAUCCGUGCAGCAGCCGGGUAACAUCGACAGUGGCGAACGGUCAACGUCGAGGUAGUUUUACUUCAGUUAUUCUCAAUAGUCAACCACACAUUACAGACUUAUUUGAAAAUUUUGAGACGAAUAAUGCUAUCAAUAACCUCGCAGAUCCUUUAAAAGUUACAAAACAAAUUGUGACAGUAAAAAAGCAGCGUCAGAAGAAGAUUACGAAGAAUACUACGAAAACUAUUAAAAAUGUUCAAAAAAUCCCAGCAAAAACAUCAAAAAAACCUGCUAAAAAUCAAUUAGAAAAACAAGUAGUUGCUGUUUAUGCAGAUAUGGAUCAUGAUGAAUUAAAACAAAAUAAGCAAGAUCUCAUUGUAGUUGGUGGAAAUAAUUGGGUCAUUUCAAUGAAACCAAAACAAUUAGCUGAUCAAAGUGAAAAUGAGGACGACGAAAUUGAAGAAGAUGAAGUUGUAGCAUCAGGUGAAGAUGAAAAUAUUCCAAAGCCGUUCUCAUUAAGUAGUAAGGAAAUUCCAACUGUGGACGAUGAAGAUUUAUCUUCGAUCUAUUCGUAUGAUAAUCAAACACAAGCGAGUUCAUCUACCGAUCGUUUCGCAAUAUCACACACAACAAUUCAAACAACCGAUGAAACUUAUAAAUACGAAAUACCCGAUCAAACGAAUAUAAAUUCAAUGUCAAUGCAGAUGAUGAAUACAGCGGCUUCUCAAACACGCUCAAGUACUGAAUGCGUUCAGUCUAUUGGAUGUGGUCCUGUUAUAAAAGAAAUUUUAGAGAAGAUGCCGAACGAAAUUCACAAUUCCAUUCGAAAAACAUCGCCAACUGAACUUAUAAACUCUCAGAUUCGUGUUAUUUACGAAAAUGUACAAGAUUCUGUGAGAAAAGAAACAUCCUUACGGUCUCUACCUAAAAUGAUGCCAUCAAAUGUUGACAUACCAAAUGAACAUAAGACUGACAACAUACAAUCUGAAAUACUUCAGAAUAACCAUGUGAAAAACGCUACAUUACUCUCUGAAGCGUCACUCAGCUACACACGAACAACAAAUUCUGAACAAAGUCUAUCGAUUCGUCCAGGUAUUCGUGUUGUAGGUGAUUCGUUAAACAGCAGAGGAGGAAGUGAAACAAUGAGUUCAACUAGUAGCCAUGAAGAUCAUGAUUACGGUGCACCUCUACUUCAAGAUAGCGACACAGAUGAAAUAUAUAGAUCAGCUAAAAAAGGAAAAACUGUCGGACACGGUGCUUACGGCACAGUAUGGUCAUAUUUAAUGUUAACAGGACGUAUGAUUGCUGUCAAAGAAAUUGAACUCGAUGAAGGAGAGAGCGUACGAGUGAGAGAAGAUUAUGAAGCAGUUCGAGAAGAAGUGAAUAUUUUGCGUGCUCUCGAUCAUCCAUAUAUUGUCAAGGACAUCAAAGGCAAAAAUAUAAUGCUUGAUAUCGAUGGAAACAUUAAACUUAUCGAUUUUGGAUGUGCAAAACGGCUUAAAAAGAAUCAAAACACACAUUCAGUUCGUCAGAUACUCAAAUCAAUGAAAGGAACUGCAAACUGGAUGGCACCAGAAGUGAUAUCAGAAACUGGUCAUGGGAAAAAGGCGGAUAUUUGGAGUAUUGGCUGUACUCUAUGUGAAAUGGCAACUGGCAAACCUCCAUGGUCCGAAUAUCAGAACCAAUUAGCUGUUUUAUUGAUUAUUGGUAACGGAACUCGGCCUCCGUCAGAAUUGCCUGAUUCUUGCCCUGUAACAGCAAACAGUUUUUUCAAAUCAUGUCUAACGCGUGAUCCUAGACUGAGACCAUCAGCCAAAGAAUUGUUAACUCAUCCGUUUAUAGUUUGA